UGGAAAAUUUUCGUUCUCGUCCGUAAAUAAAUUAAUGCGAUAUAUAUUGCUACUGAGUACUUUAUUGAUCUCUUGUUCGGUGAUGGCGUGGAGGUCCCACGGUAAAACCAACGCCGAACUAAUUCGAAAUCUGAGAGCGAACGGAAUUAUAAGGAGCGAUGCCGUCGAAAGUGCGAUGCUGUCAGUGGACAGGGGCAACUAUUCCAGAAACAACCCCUACAUGGACGCUCCGCAAGGCAUAGGUUACGGGGUCACCAUCAGUGCCCCCCAUAUGCACGCCCAUGCUUUGGAGCUCCUCAAAGACAAACUUUUAAAUGGUAAUAGGGCUCUGGAUGUGGGUUCUGGGAGUGGCUACCUUACCGCAUGCAUGGCCAUCAUGUUGGGGGAGAAAGGAAUUGCCGUCGGAAUUGACCACAUGCCAGAACUGGUCGAAAUGUCCAUCAAAAAUAUUGAAAGAGACCAACCAGAAUUAUUACAGUCUGGCCAACUGAGGCUUCUGUUAGGUGAUGGGCGGCAAGGGUACCCCGAUUUGGGGCCCUAUGACGCUAUACACGUGGGGGCAGCUGCCCCAACUUUGCCCCAACCCCUUGUUGAUCAACUGAAGGUUGGGGGCAGGCUAAUAAUCCCCGUGGGCCCCGCUGGGGGCGAUCAACAGUUAGAGCAAAUUGAUAAAUUACCAGAUGGUUCCAUUCAACGUAAAUCUCUUAUGGGUGUUGUCUAUGUACCUCUUACUGAUAAAUCCAACCAGUGGCCUCGUUCGUAUUGACAAUUAUUUGUAGGAGCUGUUUUUCUUUUUUCGUUGACUUUGAUUUGUUAUAAGUAUUUUAAAUCCUAAAUGCUCUGCUAGUCCAUUUUUUGAGGCGAGAUUAGUUAAUUUAUUUAUUUCCCUGCUACAUACACUGCUACAAAUGUAGGUUUACCCCCGAAUAAAUUAUUUUCAUUUAA